GUGUGCGUGUGUGUGUGUGUGUGCGCACUUGGGAAUCGAACCAAGAGGCUCAAAUUUAUUAUGAUGGAUAUUUAGUAACAGCAUCGAUAAGUCAGCCGAAACCAGAGAUUGCCGCAUAGAAAUGAAUGUCAACGCAUUUUAAGUGCGCUCAGCAUUCGCGCCCUCAUAAAAGAAUCAAGAUUCCGGCCCGGAACGUGACUUUUGGCGCAAGUAAAUUGAAGCCACAGCGCGAUAAAAACUGCAAUGCCAACCUGAGCGAAAUUUGUUCGCGCAAUCAAACAGAUAAAAGAUAUAUAUAUAUACAUAUCUAUAUAUAUAAGAAGUCAGUGUCCAUGGCGGGCACUUCAGCUGCAUCGAGAAUAAACGCAGCCAUGCGACAUCAUCAUCUGCUUCAUCUGCCCAGCUCAACCAUUUGGAUGCUGCUGCUGCUGCUGGCGCUGCUCGCCGCUGCAGCAACGGCGGCGCCGACGUCAACGCCGACUGCAGAUCGGCGGCGCUGCGCACACAAAGGCAUUGUGGAGCUGAUUCGCACCAGCCCGGUAAUUGUUAAAGCUCUCGCCGCGCGCAUCUUUACGGACGCCGAGCUGGCCGAGCAGCCGCUGGCCUCGGCCUUCGCGACGCAGUCGUCCUCCAUUUUAAUAACAUUAACGCCGGAAACGAUAUACAAAGGCGCUUCGCUGCUCAAAAUGGCCAACGGAGCUGCCGCCGCUGCUGCCGCUGCCGCAGCCGCUGCUGAGGCAAGCGAUGGCAGCCUGGGAAACGAUGCAGCUUCCGGAGGGACUCGGCGCAGCGGCAGCGUCAGCGGCUCCAGUGCUUGGAGCGACAGCGGCGCUGCCUACCAAUAUGAGGGGCAACUGAAUGCCACACUAGAGCCGCUGCAUUGCUUCGAUGCUAAUAUGCUGAAAAUGUUGCCUACGGAAUUAAUUGCUUUUGGCAAAUUACUGCCUGCCUCAGCGGUAACCAACAGCUCGGACUCUCCCCUUGAGUCCAGGCAAUUGCAACGGCCCGAGCUGGGAUCAGGUUUAGAUGUGGGCAGCGAUAAGGAUGUGCUUCGCAUCAGCGUCAACGGACUGCAUCGUUGGACGCCCCAAUUUGAGAAUCAUAUCUGGAAGCACUUAGGCUGGGACGAUUGGAGCGAUUUUACGCUUUGCAGUGUCACCUGCGGCAAAGGUGUGCAGCAGCGUUUCCGUCGCUGUCUGCUGGACAAUCCACUGGUGGGCAUCAGCAUGAAUAUGAAUCUGAAUCUAGAUGACGAGGAUGACGAGGACGAUGACGGUGAUGACGAGGUUGGACAGGAUGAAAGCGUGGGGCAGAGGCAGCUUGAUGUGGAUGACGCUGAAGUAGCUGCUGACGAGGCGAAUAAUGAUGUGCCAGGGGUGAUGGGCACGGCAGCAACGGCAGCAACGGCAGCCGCAUUCAAUGCUGAUAAUAAUGAAGUGCUCAGCCAGGACAUGGACGGGACUGAGGAUGCGCUACUGAUGAUGAUGCAACCAGCAGCUGUUGCAGCUGCUUCUACAACGAGCACACUGAUGCAUAAAAGCACACAGUCAACGAUAACAGCAACGGCAGCAGCAGCAGCAGCAGCAACUGGGUUAACAAGCGACGGUAAUGAAGCGACGCGCACAGGUGUCAGCUUUGUGCCAGUUGCACGUAAUGACCGUCGCAGGACACGUGCAAAUAAUCAGCACAAAAAACGCAAGGCUACCAAAAGCAUAGCGCUCUCCACGCUACUCUGCGAGGGCUACAACAUCGAGCAGCGCAACUGCAACAGUUUCGAGUGCAGCGACGACAUUAGCGAUCUGCUCAAGUUCUACAAGAAGCUGCCCGCGUCCAAUGCUGACGAAUUGUCAUCUGUGGCCAGCAACGACAGUUUGCCCAUGGCUGAUGUGCCGGACGUAACGACAGCCUUUUCCGUGGGUUCAUCCUCGUCUUCCACACCUUCGAACAUGGGCUACAUACGCAGCUGGCGGAAUAUGCAAAAUUUUACCCUGAUGAUCACGCUGCGAGCUAAGAAUGAUACGCAAAAUGCAUCGACAAUAUUCUCCAUACGCAAUGUCACACACAAUCUGUAUCUGGAGGCGUGCAAGGAUGGACUGCGUCUAUAUUUGGAGCGCGACAACACAACGGAAAUGUUGCCGGUGAAAUUCAAUUUAUAUGAUUAUCGCUGGCAUCAAGUAGCCAUCAGCAUACAAAAUGGCGAUUUCAUAUCGAUUUACGUCGAUUGCUUGUGGACAAACAGUUUUGUUGUCUCGAAGCGACUGUUCACGCUGCCCCUGGACGCGGAUGUGGAAAUUGGACGCGGCUUUAAUGGCGAGCUGCAGCAAUUGCUUGUGCUGCCCGAGCAUCAGGAGCGGCUGCAGUGCAGCAACAAGAGGACAUCGAUUAACGAAGUUAAGCGUUACAUUAUCGACACAUUCAUCGAGGACUAUGCCGGCAAUUAAGGCGCCGUGGCUAACAGCAGCAGCAACAACAACAAGAGAGAGACAACAGUGACCGGAGCAGAAUCAAAUGAAAAUCGUAAAUACAUUUGAUUGGCAAAUACGUGUGUGCAUAUGAAAUGAAUGUUGCAAGAUAUUUGGAAUGCAAUGGCCAGAAAAUGCAGUCUAUAGCAGCUACAUAUACAUAUGCAAAUAAAAACAAAUAUAAA